AUACUGUUCUUCAAAGAUUCAACAUUGACUUUGUUAUAGCACUGUUGAGGCAAGAAAAUGCCAAAGACAUCUGUGUCAUCCAGAUACCUCCAGAAAUAAAAUACUGUGACUAUUUUAUAAUUGUGAGUGCAUCUUCAACACGACAUCUCCAUGCAAUGGCACAUUACAUGCUGAAAAUGUACAAGAGUCUCAAAGAAGAAAGUGAUCCUCAUGUGCAGAUUGAAGGAAAAGAGACAGAUGACUGGCUGUGCAUUGAUUUUGGUAACAUAGUGGUGCAUUUCAUGCUGCCAGAAACACGAGAGGUGUAUGAAUUGGAGAAGCUAUGGACUCUUGGUCCCUACGAUGACCAGCUGGCACAGAUGAUGCCAGAGUCCCUGCCAGAAGACUUUAUAUUUGGAGUGACUCCUAACAGCAUUGAUCAUCUUGAGACAAGAACUUAA